GGCACGUCCUGCAGGGGUCCUUCUAAGCAACACCCUUCCAAGAUGGCGGCCAACAGCAGCAGCACGGGGAGCAAGUCCGGCAGCGGCGCCGGGAAGCCGUCCGGCGUAUCGGCCGAGCAGGUUGUAUCGACGUUUCAGAGGAUGCGUCAGGAGCAGCGCAGCAUGGCCUCCAAGUCUGCAGACCUGGAGAUGGACAUCACUGAGCACAAGUUAGUAAUUGAAACCCUACAGGAAGUGGAUCCUUCUAGGAAAUGCUUUCAUCUGGUUGGAGGAGUUUUGGUAGAGAGGACGGUAAAAGAAGUUCUACCUGCCUUGGAAAUCAACAAAGAAUCGAUUUCCGAAUUAGUCGAGUCCAUCAACUCACAGAUGCAGACAAAAGGACGGGAGCUGACAGAGUACAGAGAGCGCUACAACAUCCGGCUGGUAGGAGAGGGUGAAGGAGAGGCGCAGGGCCCGUCAGCAACAGCAUCCAGAGAAAACGAAGGAAGUGGAUCCAAAAGUGCAACUGGAGUUUUGGUGUCAUAGUUUGAACAGACACACCGAUAGUAGGCCCUUUUGAUUUCUGAAGCACUGAGUAAAAACAAACAAACAAAAAACUAGGAGAAAGCUCUUUACAGGAUAAGUUUGGAUUUUGUGGUUAAUGAAAAUUCAGCUAAAUGUGGUUCACUUGGUUGUUUGUAACAAGCUCAAAUGGCAUACAAAGUGCUUUGCUGUUCAGUUAUGCUAGUUUGUAGCAGAAUUAAGGUUGCUUGUCUUGCAUUUGCCUUUCAGAUUAUUUUUUUUAUUGUUGAAAUACUGUGUGAUCAAUUUAAGAUUAAACAACCCCCCUGAAUGCUUGUUUUAAUGUUAUUGAUUUGCACAUGAGCAGGUCAUUCAAAAUGAAUAUACACACAUGCUUUAGGAUUUUUAUUUAAACUUCAAAAUGCUGAUUUCAAAGGGCCCUACAGUAGCUUCAAGUUGAGCGGAAAGUCCUUGCCAAGGCCGAGCAGGUCCCGAAAGGCAUUUUGACACUGCUAAACACAUCACAAUGGUUAAUUUAAGGUAAAAGAAAUAAAGGAUCCAUUUUAAUCAGACUGACUCAGAAACGUGUUGGAUCUCAAGAGGAGUUUGAAAGAGAAGAAAUGUCUUCCAGGACCUGAUGUGCACCUGAUGUUACUACAGUUUGUGUAGGGUGAACAUUUUUGUUAAUUGUCAUGAAAUAAAAAUGUCCCAAUUCUA